CUCCGCACGAUGGCGGCUGUGGUGUCGCUGCGGGUGGCGGGUCGGCGGCUGGCUCUCAGCGCUCCAGUGUGCAGAGCGUUUUGGGGCGGCCUGAGGAAGAAGGAAAAAGAAGUAGAACCAGAGAAAAUAAUUCAUCAAGAGAAAAGUGAACCCAGCUUGAUCUGUCCCCCACCACGCAGCAGAAGCUAUGUUCCUCCAGAGGACGUAGAGAGCUACCUUGAGUCUCAUGUCAAGGAGAUUUUUGGACCCUCGCUUCCUGAUAAUUGGCAGCAGACACCCCUCAAAGAAAACAGGUUAAAGUUUCGCCUUUUGGCUCAGCUAGCAGCAGAACUUGGUCAUGCUGUUCCCAAUUCACAGCUUCAUCUGAUGUGCAGUGCUGAGGAUGUCUUGAAGUUCUAUAGCACUCCUGUAAAGGAUGUGUCCAAAUUUGAUGAACUGUGUGCAGCAGAGUUACCCCCAAACCUGAAAAUUAUCUGGAAGCAAUGAGUUGUACCACAAAGCACUGUAUUGCUUUGCUUGUGUUCCUGAGGCAGGACGGCAGAGCAGAAGCGUAGAGCCCUUUCACUGUGGUAACAACUCAGUAUGUGAAUAUCACUAAUAAAAGUUU